GGAGAGCAACCUGCUGCCAUGACUUCCCCAACAUCAGGAAAUAUAACAGCAGCAGUGACCCUCAUAUUACUGACAGUCCAGCCCAGAAAAUGGCCGCCUUCAGCCUCAGCAGGUUGCGCUUUCAGAGCUGCUUCAUAUUAUUGCUGUCUGUAACCUUCAUUGUGUCUGUCACUAUCUUUGUGUUUGGCAUCCGCUCUGAGUCGUCCACAGUGUGGUUCAGCAACUUCGCCAAGUUAAUCACAUUUCAAAAAGUCAGAAAUCACACACUAAUAAAUAUGACCUCUUUCACAAGACACAACAAUACAGUCUUCCAACAGACGUCUGAUGAAAAACACACAGCAGUAACUACAGUGAGCAGACAUAACGUGACAGACACACUCAGUAUGGAGUCCAUGACAACUGUUCCAGUGAAAGAAGCAUCAUCCAUCCGUUACCAUGAAGCGUAUCCACACAACUACCGCUUCAUCAUAGACGAGCCCCAUAAGUGUGAACAAGAGAACCCAUUUCUAGUCCUCGUGGUCCCAGUGGCUCCACACAAACUGGAGGCUCGCAACGCCAUCCGGAGCACAUGGGGUAAUGAGAGCGUGGUCCAAAACAAAACCAUCACGGUGAUCUUCUCGCUGGGUCUGCCUGGGAACGAGGCUGAGAAACAACAGGAGGAACUAAGGCUGGAAAGCCAGCAGUACCAUGACCUCGUCCAGAGCGACUUCAUGGACUCGUACCGCAACUUGACGAUAAAGACCAUGGUAAUCAUGGACUGGCUGGCCACACACUGCCCACAGGCAUCCUACGCUAUGAAGAUCGACUCUGACAUGUUCUUGAAUCUGGAGAACUUGAUGAACUUGUUACUGAGACCUGAUACUCCUAAAGAAAACUACAUGACGGGAAAGGUUAUGUGGAACAUACCGGUCAUCCGGGACAAGAACUCCAAGUGGUACGUGCCAAUGGAAUUAUAUGCUGAAGACUACUACCCAACAUACCUGCUGGGGAUGGGUUAUGUCUUCUCCAAUGACCUUUCAAAGAAGAUUGCUGAGGUUUCGAAAGAAAUAAAGCCAUUUAACAUAGAGGAUGCAUACGUGGGUGCCUGUCUGGAACGAAUGGGUAUUUCACCUUCAACUCCUCCCAAUCCCUCCCAGUUUAAGGACUAUUUUAGGGGUAAGUAUAAACGAGAAGAGUUUGCCAGUGUGAUCACCACCAUCCUUAACUCCCCACAGCAGCUGAUCACAUUCUGGCAGGACCUAAAAAGGCCUACAUGAAGGACUUGGAGGGAAAAGACCCAAACGGAUGAUAUUUGGGAUGUGAUUGCCUGACAUUUUCUUACAAUGCUUUUGUGUUAACUGUAUGGAAAACUCCUCUAUUUUCUCCCAGUUUAAUCAGAAAAAUGCUGCUUGCAGAAGUAUUCAGUCCCCUCAGACUAGUACUUGACAGAACCACCUUCUGCUGCAAUAACAGUUUCUCACCAACUUCUGUAUUUUUGAGUCAGAACAAUGCAAAUCUAUGGGGGAGAAAUGUGACAGGUUAGACUAUUAGUACAGGGCCCUUUGAUUGAGACAGAAGGAAACCCUGCUGCUCUCCCACAGCUUGUCUGUCAUGUUAUGUUCCAGGACCUAAACGUGACUCAAGACCAGUGGGAAGCUCUGUCAGCAUUGCUACGAUACGCCUGACAGCGGCACGAGAUUUACAAAAUGGCAAACUCCGAGCAGAAAACUCACACAAACUAUAUACGUUGUCAGAGAACUUGUAGAGAGGAGAAUUGCCACUCUAAUGUUUUCUGGGUUUCGCAAACUCUAGAGGGCGCUCCAGUGCAAGUCCAAAAUGGGUUAAGAUCAGUUAAUAUGGGUUAAGAUGGUCCAAAAUGGGUUAAGAUGGAGCAUUUGAGCAAAAUCAUAGUUUAUAAAUGCUUGAACAUUUUUAAUAUAAAAGAAUACAUUAAUUUCCUGAACACUGAACAGCAAAUAACAUUAUUAUAUUCAUUUAUAUAUUAUAUUUUAUAUUUAUUGUUACAAUUUUGAGCGCUUUGAACUCAAGUUAUAGGACUUUAAAUCGGUGCCUCGUGUACGUCCAUGACAUUUGUGUGCGUAAAAACAGCCAAUAAGCCGCUCCGCUCGCAACCAAUCAGCACUCAUUUAGCAGUAAUGUUAGCGUUCUGCUGCCCAAAACCCGUUUGCUGUAGAAAAAAGAAAAUAUAUAGGUAAGUUUUCUUUGCUUUUUUUAGUGAAAUACGUCCUUCUACUGUCUAAACUUAAAUGAUAGUUCUGGGCAAGUGAUUAGAAACUAUUUUAACUAUUAGUUUUUAGCGGUUGAGCUUCUUUCACACCCAUUCAUUGAGGACUUGUUCGCAGACGCCCUCUGGCAUUUUGCAGUCAUGUUUUUGAUAUAACGGGGGAAAUAGGAAGUGGCCAGGCUCCUCAUAAACCGGCUGUGACAUUACAUCAAAGUGUGUAUAUGUUGUAAUUCAGGGGUUAAACCAGCGGCUCCACCUCAAGUUGUACAGCCCCGGUUUGCUGAUUGUAACUCGUACAGUAGAUAGAGAUUAGAUAAAGCUAAUGUUAGCUUCUUAUUCUUUUUUUCCCGUUCCACCUUAAAUGAUGUAGC